AUGUAUCAAGUAUGCUGGAAGGGAUACACAGAGUCAGAUGACACUUGGGAACCACCCAAGGCACUCAAAAAAGUUCAGAAACUGGUCAAUGAAUUUCAUAAGAAACAUCCAAAAGUACCUCAACCUGUAUCAAAUGUUGAUGAUUGCUCAGAUGAAAUAUUAUUUCAACGAGAAGGGAUCAACAUAUAUGAUGAAGAUAGUGAAGAUUGGGGAUAUAGACAUCUCCAACCCAAACCACUUAUCUUUGAAAAGACCAAGGAAUUUGUGUUUCUUCCCAAGCAAGGCUCAGAGCAUGCAGUGGGAUUUGAUCUGGCAGCUGCAGAUGAACUUAUCAUUGAACCAGGAACCAGGACUAUGGAUAUGUCACACCUCGAAGUAGACUUGCUGUCAAAGGGAUUGAUGUCGCGGCUGGAGUUAUAG